AUGAAUUUUAGUUAAGAAUAAAAUAAAGAAACAAGUAUUUUUUACAAAUCAAAACUUUGUACUCAUUGGUCAACAAGUAAUUUUAUAUAUUAUAUAUAUUUUAGAAGGACAUUGUGCUAAAUAAGAAAAAUGUAAUUAUGCUCAUGGAGAAACUGAAUUGCGAAAUAUACCACAAGAAUAUUUGACUCAUACUCAACCUAAUAAUUCUAGUGCUUUUUCUAUUAAUAAUGAAGGACAAACUAAUAUGGCUGUGAUUUAAUAAAAUUCAAUAUAAGGAUAACUUUUAAAUCCUUUUUGGAAAACUAAAAUUUGUAAUUUCUAUCUUCAGGGAAAAUGUAGAAAUAUUAUUGAUUGUAAUUAUGCUCAUGUUGAAGAUGAACUUAGAGAUACUACUAGUUAAGCAUGUUAAUCAAUUUAAAACAUACUUAAAUUAUAAGAUCCUGUUUAUAGAUUAUAAUUACUAAACUAUAAUGCUUAAUUUUAAAGAAAUCUUUUGGAACGUGCCAAAACCAUAUUUGAUUAAAUAAGGAAAAUGGAAUUAAUACACAAAAAUAAUAAUGAUAUAUAAGAUAUGCUUGAAAUAGCAAAAGUAUUAGUAUUCUAAAAAGAAAUCGAAUAGGCAACUUUGAAAAUCAUUGAAAUAAUGUCUUUAGCUGAUUUAACUUUAGAUGAAAGAGAAUAACAUUAAGAAAUAAAAAGUAAAAUUAAAGAAUCAUUUGAAAUCCCUUAAAUUUAAUUUCCAACCACAUUUUAAUAUCCUCCUGAAGAUAUUGAAAAAGUGAAAUAAUUAAUGGAAUAAGAAUAGGGAUAACGAUUACCAAUACCUAUGAUACCUACAAUCAAACCAUUUCCUAAUCAUUAGUAAAUUUACUAAGAUAGAUGUAGAAACCAAAAAUUAACAUGA